AGCAUCGCCACCGGCCAACAACACGGAGGAUACUAUCUCCCGCUCGGGGCAAGGGACCUGCCGCGGCGGUCCGCAUCGAAUCAACCGCAGCAGCGUGUGCCGGCGUUGCCCAUUGCCGUUUUCGUCGCCAGCAGACAGCAGUGGCCCGUCGCAAUCCUUAACCCCUCCACCGGAACUUAGCGGCGAGACACGACACGGCGUGGCUUCGUUUUAGUGCUUCCAGUGUUUCUUACCCUUCCUGGCUGCUUUGGCUACUGCCUGCCGCUGGUCGCUGGCGGGUCACGACUGCCGUCCAAUCGCCCCGAAGGCGUGAAGAAACGGCCUCCGAACAGCUAUGGCCCCUGCCAGCAGGAGCCGGAUAAUUGCAGCGGCGUUGCUGUUCUUCGUCGCAAAGAGGUCUAUGGCGGGACCCGCAUCUUCCAACCGGUUGGAAGAGUUGGAGCGACCCUUCUUCAACAUCGCCCACAUGGUGAACUCCAUCAAGGAGGUGGACCAGUACCUGCGGCUUGGCGCCAACGCCAUUGAGGCCGACGUCACCUUCCAGGCUGACGGCACAGCCAAGCAAACGUUUCACGGGAGCCCCUGCGACUGCUUCCGCAACUGUUACAUGCGAGAGAACAUCGUCGACUACCUCGAGUACAUCCGCAAGGUCACCGGCCCGCCGGAUGCGAAGUACAAGAACCGGGUGGCUCUGCUCUUCCUGGACCUGAAGGUGUCUGACCUGCCUGCACCGAGCAAGCUUAAGGCCGGAAAGGACAUCUCCAAGAAGCUCCUCGAACAUCUGUGGUAUAACGUCGAUCCGAACAACACUGUGAACGUGCUGCUCUCUAUUGGACACGUCAGUGACAAGGACGUAUUCAAAGGUGUUGUGGAGACUUUGAUGAAGAAUGGUGAUCCAAUCAUUGCUGAGCGAGUAGGCUUUGACGUGGGUCUUAACGAUCCGCUGGAAGACAUAUCCAAAAUGUAUGGUGAACUGGGCAUCGACCACAACCGAUGGCAGGGUGAUGGUGUGUCCAACUGCAUCAGCCUGUUCCGACCGACCAACCGUCUCAAGCAAGCGCUGCGCUAUCGAGACUCCCGUUCUGAUCGCAGCUACGCUGACAAGGUGUACCACUGGACCAUCGACCUCAGCUCCGCCAUUCGGAACUCCCUACGACUUGGAGUAGACGGCAUCAUAACAAACUACCCGGAACGAGUGUCCACCGUUCUCAUGGAGGCCCCGUUCAAGCGGGCCGUCAAGCUGGCCAGUCCGCAAGACACGCCCUGGAAGAAGGCCAGUAUCGAGCUUCUCAUGCCAGGCGGCGGGGGAAGUCCCAUCUCAACCGUCCUGGGCGACGUGUCCGAAGUGCUGCAGCAGUUCUGGGCUUACGUUGUGACGCGGCUUUCGGGACAUAUUUUCCGCCGGCGCAGCUCCCGAGACUACGACGCCAUCGAGGCGGAUCCUCCCAUGAGUCCACGGGAAUUGCAGGAACAGCGGUACUACCGGUGGCUCCACAAAAAGCAGCAUGCUCCCUUCUUCAUACCGUCCACAACCAUGAAACUCACGAACUUGUUUUUAAUUUACUUCCUGCUGCUAAAUUUCUAUUUUGCUGUAUUAAGCGACGUCAUAAGGCGCAGUAUACUGCCAGGAAGUUCCGAGGAAGCUCCAAGACACGCGGUGACCUUGGGCCACAGGAGGCCCUUCUACGUCAUCGGACACAUGGUGAAUUCGCUGGAGGAGGUGGACGAAUUUAUUGAAAAAGGCGCCAACGCACUCGAGGUUGACAUCGAGUUUGCGAAUAAUGGCACCGUCCUUGGCACGUUCCACGGCGCCCCUUGCGACUGCUUCCGUGGCUGCUUCAAGCGUGAAACCAUCGCGGACUAUUUGGAAUACAUUCGAGAUGGAACUGGCUUCCCCGAUUCAAGAUACAAGGGAAAGGUAAAUCUAGUGCUUCUCGACUUGAAGACAAGCAAGCUUCGGACAUUAGCGAAAAAGAAAGCAGGCUUAACUCUGGCGACGAAACUCUGGAAGCACCUGUGGGAAGGUGUGCAACCGCAGUACAUGGUAAACGUCCUGCUGUCCAUCGGUUAUGUGAAAGACAAGAACGUCAUCAAGGGCGUUUUAAAAUAUUUCAAGAAGGAAGAAAGGAUGCACAUUCUCGACAAAAUAGGUUUCGACGUUGGCAUGAAUGACCCGCUGGAAAAGAUCGGGCGCAUGUACAAGCAGCUGGGCAUCAGGGGCCACCGGUGGCAGGGAGACGGCCUCUCCAAUUGCGUGCGCUUUCUGGUUCCCGUCGCGAGGCUGCUAGAGGCCGUCAAGGCACGCGACAGCCAGAAGGGGUACAUGGACAAGGUGUACCACUGGACCGUUGACCUGCCUCACUUCAUUAGGAAGAGUAUCGAGCAUGGUGUUGACGGAAUCAUCACGAACCGCCCGGACAACGUGCUCCAAGUACUGAACAGCACUCCGUACAGCGAGCUGCUCAAGGUUGCCAACUUCAGCGACAGUCCGUGGACGCGAUUCAUCGAGCCGACGUUGAGAAACGAUACGGACCGCAACACGGAGGUCCUCGGCGGAGGGGACUACGAAGAACGCGCGAGGCAUCCCACUAACUUCGACCCUACCGAGAUAACUGCGUUUUGGACGGACUAGAAAUCAGUGCCGUACCUGUGAUCAACCUCAUAUAGACUAAGCGUCAACGUGCCGAUUCAGACGUCCAGUGAAACGCCGCGAAAUGUCGGCGUCCGAGCAACGCAGCGACAAGGGCGACCACAAAAAUACCUUACCGUGAACAACGUAGUGGCCAACUACCGAUAUGCGGGCAGCACGAAGGGGCACUCAAUUAAAAA